AUGGGGGACACACCUCAAGAUUCGGCAAAGUACAGGUGUGGGCCUCGCAUCCUCGUCCCCAGCCGGGACCGAGUACCGCCGAGACUAAGAAGCUUGGGCACAGCUCGGGAAGAACGCAGGCAGCUCGAGCCUGGGCCAGCGUUGGGGCAGCACAACCGGCUCGCUUCCUCGGUCUUGGAACCACCCUUGCUGCGGCCCAGGUGCACUGCGCGCCAGCAGAAAACCCAGGCCAGAAGUGAAGCAGGUGGCUCCGAGCGCUCGGGCCGGCGGCCUCCUAAGCCAGAUUUCGUAGGACCGCGACUUUUCCGGAUCCCGGGGCCAGGCCCGCGAGAGCCUGCGUUCCUUUCCUCUCCCUUUUUGCUUCUCAAACAAGCAUUCAAGAAGCUUGCAUUCAAGUCCACUGGGCAUAAGCGAGGGGCGGGGGGAGGCCCAGAGUCUCUGUCCGAACUGGAGGCAAAUAUCAUUUUUACAACCUUUCAAUUAGCUACCGAGUGGAUUAGCACCUUCUUAAGCUUUGCCUCGGAAAGCAGCGGCCGUAAUCUUGUUGCUAUUUCCCCCCUGGGCACUCGCUCUUUGAAUCGGCUCCUUCUCCCACCCUCCAGCCCCUAUCUCACCUCGGAGAAAAGUUUUAACAACAAAAAAAUCAUAAGCAGCGAGGAGCCGGGAGUGAAUGCCACUGACGUCAUCGGGUGGGGGUGGGGUGGGGGCUCCGGGAAGGACUCUUGGAAACCCCACUGCACAAACAAGAAACAAAAAGGACUUAGCUGUUUCCAGUGUGUCAAUAUUUGGGAUGGGGGGGGGGGGGGGGGCUCAGACCCGAGGGAGGCAGAGUUUUCAAAGUUUAAGGAGAGAGAGUUGGACAGCGCGAUUUCCUGCUCUUUCCUCCACGCCAGUUUCAAAGAGGAUGGGAGCGCUGUUCUACCUCGGGGGGCGCCUUGCGCCCUCUGCAAAGUGCCGGCGCCGGGGCGCGGAUGCCGCGCGCCGGGGGCAGAGGUGUGCGCGAAACUGAGACAGCUCGCAGGUCGCCAUUUUAAUUGCGGCUCCCAACGCCACCGAGACCCUUCCAGGCCGGGGUGGGGGGUAGGGGGGAUCGCGCCUUCGGUUUCUGUCUCGCCUUUUCCCGCCUCUCCCCAAGUCUCCUCCCCUCCUUCCCGGCGCCCGCAGUGGACAGCUCCUCGGCUAGUUCCCGCAGGGGCCGCCGGGGUCAUCCCACCCGGUAGGGGGAGGCUGCUUGCGCGGAGGCUCGCCGCUCACCGGAGAGCACCGGGAGCCUCUGGCCAGUAUUGGUUCGUCAGUGUGAGGUCAGGCGGGCAUCUCGCCACCAGCGGUCCCAGGAAUUCGCGGUUGCCUACUCCGCAGGUUUCCGGUCUGCAGGCGGCCUCUGGCGAGUCAAAGACGCGCCCAGCUCUUGGGAGAUGUGCUUUUGGUUCUGGGUUUGGGAACCAAGAGUCUCCCACCCGGUGUUGCGGCACCUCUGAAUCCCGCUUUCCAACGCCUAGCAGAGGCGCGGUGCUGGCGCGCUGGGAAGGGUGGAGACGAGCUUUUCUUUGAAAGAGGAAAAGUCUCCGCAGACACCUGCGUCACUUUGCAGAGACUCAAAAGGCUAUCUCUUUGCUAGCCCUGGCAGGUGGGUUCCCUCGACAGCAGAGCUGGCAAAAGAGGUUAAAUGAGCACGAAAGGCAAAGGCGUCCACCCCUGCUGCCCAGUUCCAGGUGCUUCCUCCACUCGAGGCCUUUCUCCCUCUCCUUUCUCCAACAGCCUGCAGGUUUCCAGUUCACCCCGCAGCUUCGCAGAGCCUGGGGUGCCAGGAAAGCCGAAAUGAGUCGGGAGCAGACCUGGUGGUCUGCUCUGUGGUCAGGAAUGGCUGGGAAAAACCUCGGAGCCCUGGCCUGUCCUGGCCGGCCUGCACUGGCCUCCUACCAAAUGGCAAAUGGGUUAGGUCCUCUUCCAUUCACAUUAGGCAGCAAGCAUCUCUCUUUCUCUACCCCUCCUCCAAAUAAUUUUUAAAAAACAUUGUCCAACUGGGCUUCCGAAAAGAAUCCCAAUCCUUUGCUUCCUGGAACUUACAUGCUGCUGUCCAGAUAGGGCCCAGGUUUAAAACUCCUGAUGUGUAGGACAUCUGCAAUCAGUGGCACUCUCUGGUUUUUUGCAAAUAGGGUUCCCAGGAAAGUUUGCUUUUCCAGGAUGGUACCCCAUCUCUCCUUCCUAUAACCUCUGCCUUCUACAGGCAAGAGUUUAGCUUCAAACGAAAAGCAAGGCAAAGCCACCUCAGUGUCUUCUCCCUGGAGAUCCCUUCUCUAAACAGCUGCCUAUUUUAAUGGCCAGGGACCGAGGCCGUAGUUUGUCCUAGAGUGGAGCAGGGAACACUCGGGCUGGGGACUGGGGGCUUUGCAGAAGGAUUUGAAGCUGGGGAAGGGGGAGGGAGCAAAUGUCAUGGCUGGUUCGCUUGAGCAGCCAGAGAGCCGGAGCUAAGCAUAUCCUGACGGCUCUUAAAAUGACAUUGAUUGGGACAAGCUGUUCCCCACACCAGUAAGAGUUAAUAUGUCUGUUAAUCAAGGCACUGAAAGGCUCAAUGCGAGUUUUAUUAGUGAUUGGAGAACAGAAGCGGCAGUGACGGAUCAAAAGCCAGGAUCUCAGAUAUUUGUCAGCGCCGUAACAAAAAAAAAAAAAAAAAAGAGAGAGAGAGAGAGUACUUUUCAAUUAGAGAAUAAUUCGGCGCUUUUCAUCACUUCCUAACUCAGUCUCACAGAUGAUGACUUACAAACCUCGCUAGUAGGGAAAACUGAUGCCCAGGGGCAGCCCUGGGGCAAGACACGGGCGAGGAGCUGCGGGCUGGCUCCCUGAGUUCGGCCUGGAAGAGUUUAAGAAUCCUCAGCCUGGGGCGCUGAAGUCUCCCCCGGAGAGAAGCGAGAAUGGAAACUAAAACAACAAAUAACACAGCCAAUAGAAGCAUCUAUCCCUCCUGGUCAGCUCCCCACUGUUCCGGCCAGGCUCUGGCGCCGGGUGGCGUCUGGACCCGCGCGCCGCAGCCAGGAGGGCCGGAAAGUUUGCGCAGGGAGACGCUCCUUGCGUCUCUAUCGCGCUGCCCCCUUCCGCCCUGGAGGGGCGUUAGGUUCCCUUCGGUUUUCCUUUCAAAUUCUAAAAUAAAUAAAUAAAUAAAUAAAUUCCUGGCCCUGGGGAAAUUUGAAGAGUAGCUCGUUCAAUAACCCAAAUUAUAUGAGCGGGUCCAAGGGAAAAAAGAUAAGCCAACUACAUACGCCCUCCGAGGAAGGAGGGCACCGGAGCGAGAAGGCGACAGAGGAGGUCCCCAGCUUGCCCUGGGAGCGGGGCGAGCACUCUGGUCAGAGGUAAUUAUGUCACUGCGUUUUCUCGCCCUGACAGCCGAAUAAACACAAUCUCCAAUAAACAUCUCUAAUGAGGGAGGAGGCCGGAGGAUGGCUGAAUUUGAUUUAUGACUAGAGGAGAAGGUCCACUUCCCACAGCGAAGUGGGCAACCUGCUAGCUCCUCAGCUCCAGAGAAAGGAACUCGAGGAGGAGAGGACCCCGAUUCAGGGAAGAAAAAUCAAUCUAACAGACCUUUGAUGGGCUUUUGGCAAGAUCAAAUUUCACCAUGCCUCACUCUUACCUCUUCUCUGUUUCCUGCUGUGGGCACAGUGCAUGAAGUGUGCAAAAGUAGAAAUAAUACUUGAAAACAUUAAAACCCUGUUUAGCUCUUCUGUGUAUUUGAGGUAGGGAUUUCUUUUUUUCUGUCUUAGUAUCUGAUGCAAAGCAGCUAUGUCCAGAGUGCGAAGUUCAGAGAGACUAAAAUAAGGAGGAAAAUAGUGCAAAUAUUUCCCCAGUUUCUGCGUAUAAUGUAAAUAACGUAAUGACUUUCUAUCCAAAAUGGAGCAAACACUACCAGGAGGUAUGGCACUUCAAUGAAUGUGUUUUUCAAAAAAUAUAUCCCAAGCAUUCCCUAAUAUCAAUGUACCUAUCAUUUUAUAAUCUGAAAAUACUUCUAAACACAAAUUUGGUACAAAAACAUUGAUUUCAAUGCUGUUUUGUUGGUUAAACUAGUAAUAGCUUACUCUUGACUUUCAAGUGCUUGCACUGUUAAUGUCGGUUGUGUCCACUUCUGGGCCUGGGUGCUCUAGGAACACCCUUUCACCUGCAUUCAUUUCUCUGUCCCGUUCUGUUAUAGUAUAAUGAGUAUGUUACACACAGCACUUUUUAAAAAUCACAUACCCUCCAUGUGUGACAAGUGAGGCUGAUUUUUUGUUUAUAGAAAAUUCAUUUCAAUGAAAUACAGCAUGACACUGAGAAUUUUAUAGUUCUAUACAAGGCUGACAACAAUGUUGGAGAGUAGAAAUAAAGAAAAUGUUGUUAGAAUUGCUUAUAUUGUAAUAUUAUUUAUGAUUUUUUUGGUGUCAUGUCAGGAAUCUGAGUUUUUCAGUCACUAUUAUUCUGUUAUCUCAAUCUAAGUUUCUAUUAGAAUAAUCAUCUAUGCUCUGUCUUCCUGUAACUUAUGUGUUCACUAUGAAUUUCUAUAAUAUAAAUUAUUGCCUAAAAGAGUAAAGAAUGGUUAUGUUGUGUCUCAUUGUUCUCCUUACAAUCUGCUCCAAAAUCUUUUUUACAAAUCCCAUUGCAGCUAUUUUCCCUCAAUUCUGUGAUGAAAGUGAAUGGCAAAUGCCAUUCAAUUUGGAGGAACUCAAGCACAGAGAAUAUAAAGAGUUUGUUCAAAGCCUCCCUCAAAUCUAUUUUUGAACUUGGAAGCAGAACUAGGCUGGAGGCAACAUCAGUACACAUCUCUGGCUCCCUGUGAGGCUACUUGAAGCAGGUGGCUCUGGAGGUUCAUUCUGGAAACAGAAGACCUACAUGGAAGGGUGUGUUCCUGAGAGGCAGACAGGCUGUGGUGAACCUCAGGAGGAAUG